GCCCUGCCUGCCGCGCACUCAGACUGGCCAGCGCCGCGAUCGGAGCCGCAGCCCUGCGCCCCGCGCCCCGCGCCCUGCGCCCGGCCUCCAGAAUCAUGUGGUACAUCAGCACCCGGGGCAUGGCCCCACAGGUUGACUUUGAGGGGGCCCUUUUCUCUGGCUAUGCACCUGAUGGGGGACUCUACAUGCCUGAGGAGCUCCCACAGCUAGACAGAGAGACUCUGCGUCAUUGGAGCAUGCUCUCCUAUCCUGGCCUGGUAAAGGAGCUGUGUGCCCUCUUCAUCGGCUCUGAGCUCAUUCCAAGAAACGACUUAAAUGAUCUGAUUGAUCGAGCCUUCAGCAGAUUCCGCCACAGAGAAGUGGUUCAUCUGUGCAGGCUGAAGAACAAGCUGAAUGUUUUGGAGCUGUGGCACGGGGUUACUUAUGCUUUUAAGGAUCUGUCCAUGAGCUGCACUGCUCAGUUCUUGCAGUACUUCCUGGAGAAGAGGAAGAAGCAUGUCACCGUGGUUGUAGGAACUUCUGGGGACACAGGGAGUGCUGCCAUUGAGAGUGUUCAAGGGGCAAAGAACAUGGACAUCAUUGUUCUGCUGCCCAAAGGUCACUGCUCGAAGAUCCAGGAGCUCCAGAUGACAACAGUGCUGAAGGAGAACGUCCAUGUGUUUGGAGUGGAGGGAAACAGUGAUGAGCUUGAUGAACCCAUCAAGGCCGUGUUUGGUGAUGUGGCUUUUGUGAAGAAGCACAACCUGAUGAGCCUGAACUCCAUCAACUGGUCUCGGGUCCUCGUGCAAAUGGCCCACCACUUCUUUGCUUACUUCCAGUGUGUACCCUCCUUGGACAUGUACCCCUUGCCUCCUGUGGAAGUGGUUGUGCCAACAGGGGCUGGUGGUAACCUUGCAGGUAAGAAACCCAAGGGUCAGAUAAGCUUUCUACACAGAUUCCCAGUCUCUUUUCAACUGCCCUCUGACUGGAAAUGUGAAGAGAAAGAAGGUCAAGUCCUAGUUCCAAAG